GCUCCUGCGCCAGCGGCCCCGGCUGCGCCGGCGAUCGCCCCUGCACCAGCGGCCCCGGCCGUCCCGCCCUCCCCGAAGAUCGUACCGGUCAAGGUUCCUGCAGCACAAAUUCCGCCCGCCGUCCCGGCUGCGCCCAUCGUUCCGGCUGCGCCCGCCGCCCCUGCUGCGCCCGCCGCCCCUGCUGUGGCCGCC